UUGAUGCUUGCAUUGAUAUAAGAAUCUUAACAUCAAAGGUGUUAAACAACAUAUUCAAUUCUUUAAAGAAUUCUACAGAGUUUUUGAUUGUUACCCACUAUAGUUAGCUCAAUCUUCAACAUUUUUAAAGGAAAAUUAUGUGCACUCAAACUGCGUGGUAUGUUUUACUUUUUGAACAAAAAAAACUGAGCACAACCUGUUAAUAUGGUUGCCCAAAGUUACUACAUCAUAAUGCACUGCAUUGUUACUCCUCAUAUGUAGUAUAAGAACUUUCAGUAUUCACCUCAUUGUUUACCUUUACUAGUGCAAAGAUAUUUUACUGUUCCCUCUCCGUCCUUUCUUCUCUUAUGUCUUUGGCUCCAAAAAGAAAAGGAAGUAUGAGGAAAGCUUGUGCCAAAAGCAUAUAAAUAAUAACUGGUGACUGCCUGACGUAUUCAAGCUAUAUUAGCCUUUUGCAUUUUAUGUUCUUACUCUGUUUUGUAGAUGUUGUGAGAUUCUUGAAGCUUUGACCGGUUUUGAUUUUGUUAGGUGAAGCUUCUAAUCUUCAUUCAUGUUUAUUCCAUUGGUAUAGACUGCAACUAUAGCGUAACAGUGAGUGCAGGUCAUGUCAUAACUCAUAAGUUGAGCCGGAUCUGGUAACUGAAGCUGUAGUUUCAUUUCUGCAAUUAGUGGGCUUGUAUAUUAGGAUAGAACUGCAAUACAACGGACUCAACAGGGUUCUUAAGCAGGUGGUUGAGCAUCCUCACUCCUCAGUGGCCGGCUCUGUCAUAUGACAUCUUCGGAAUAUGAUAUGAUAGGUUAUUUUAGCAAGGUUCGGUCAGAUUAUUCAUAUUCCCAUUUCUUUUUGGCAGGUUGAACAUUAGAGAGAUGCUAACAAAAUUUUAUGCAGGACUUCUUAUGGUAUUAACUUUGACCUACUAAAAGUCCUUGAAUGCUACUCCCUCCGUCCUAAAAUAAGUGUCUCAACUUUGUACUAACUUUAGUACAAAGUUGUACUAAAGUUGAGACACUUAUUUUGGACGGAGGGAGCGGAGGGAGUACAUCUUUUGCAUUAUUGGCCGAGUGAAUUGUGUGUGCAUGUCUUGCAUUCUCGGAUACAUUCUGCUGUCGAUUAUUGUACUAUUUGACAUUUUGACGUCAUUUUAUUUCCAUGAGCUCGUAGUUAUGGGUCCGGUUCCUAAAAGGCCUUAUCUGCCUAUCCUCUUUUAAAUUGCUAUAAAUAGUGUGUGGCCGCACCCGCACCAAUGUACAAAAAGUCUGCAUUAGCCCUUGAACUUCUGUAAGGAGUUGAAAAUUGGGUCACUAACUCACCAUAAACUGUUGCAUUGGAUUAUCUUCAGUUGGUUUCAGGUAAGAUAACCAAAUGCUUCUUCAGCUGUAUUUUACUAACGAUGGUUGGCGUUUUAGACAUAGGUAUUCCUUUAGGUACAUCUUGAAAUACUCCUAGGUCCUAACCAUAAUGGUAGAGUUACAGUCUGUAGUUGAGUUGGUCAAAUGGGAGUGAUGCCUAGAAAUGUGCAUGAGUGUGUAGGAAGUUAUCGGCCCUUUGGUUUGUGCAGUUUCAGACACAACUCAGAUUGCCAAUCGGUUUUCCAGCAAAUUCUUAUGGAUACGCUAAGGAAUCUUGUGUGGGCCACAUCCAAGCAUGAUGUUUACAUGGCACAGAACAAUUCAGUGAUGCACUGGUCUUCUCUUCUUCAAAGAGGGACAGAAGUGCUCCACGUUGCAGGCCAAGUUGUUCCAAAGCAGAAGACGCAUGGAGCUCGGACACUGUCCAGAGUGCAGAUCAGCACAAUGGCCCUAAAAGACAAUCUCAUGGUAGCGGGUGGUUUCCGUGGUGAACUGAUUUUCAAGUAUGUUGACAAGCCCGGGGUGGCAUUCUGUACGAAUGCCGCUGAUAAUAAAAACUCCGUCACGAAUGCUGUAGAUGUGUACGAGUCUCCUAGCGGCGCUACUCGAGUGACGGCGGCCAACAAUGACUGCACUGUCAAAUUUCUUGAUGCCGAGAGGUGCAGCCUGCUUAGUCGCUUUACUUUCCCGUGGUCGGUCAAUAACACAUCGGUGAGUCCUGAUGGCAAGCUCCUCGCGGUCCUCGGCGACAGCUCCGACUGCGUGAUCACCGACGCUCAAUCGGGCGAAGAGAUAGCGACUCUCAAAGGGCACCUGGACUACUCGUUCUCAUCGGCCUGGCACCCCGGCGGGCACGUCCUGGCGACGGGGAACCAGGACAAGACGUGCCGGCUGUGGGACACGCGCAACCUGUCGGCGCCGUUCGCGGUGCUGGGAGGGAGGAUCGGUGCGGUCCGGGGCCUCCGGUUCUCGUCGGACGGGCGGUUCCUGGCGGCGGCGGAGGCGGCGGACUUCGUCCACGUGUACGACGCGCGGGCCGGCUACGGCGCCGCGCAGGAGAUCGGGCUGUUCGGGGAGAUCGCGGGCGUGGCGUUCAGCCCGGACGCGGACGCGCUGUUCGUCGGGGUCGCGGACCGGGCCUACGGCAGCCUGCUCGAGUUCGGCCGGCGGGGCCGGCACGCCUACCUGGACUCGUACCUGUGACUGAGUGGAACAGUCAUGUCGGCCGCGCGUCGAGUAGAUGCCUAGAUGUGUGUAUAGUGCUCCAUAUGGCAAGUGGUGGUUUCUGUUUAUAUGCGGAGUGGUACAAGUGAAAAGAUGCUACGGUGCAACUGGGUACAGAUGGUACAUGAUCUGGACUGACCCUGAUUCAGAAGUCAGCAGGUACUACAGAAUUUGGUUCGCGUGAGAA